UCGCGACUCCCCACGCAAGCGCGACAAUCGACUUCAUCCAAAGAAUGCGCAACCUUAUCUCGCAGCACACUCAGCACCCAACCGCGACCUCAACACACCAGAUGCAUCCAUAGCAAACUCGAAGCCGCUUCCCGGGGCCCCGAACCAACUUUUCUUUCUUCUUUUCCAUCAACCAACAUGGCCGCCACCGACGACGACGUCGCAGACGCCAUGGACGUCGAGGUGUCGCCCAAAAACAAGACGUCGUCGGUCGAACACGACAUCCAUCAGUCGCUCGGCGCCAUCAGCAACUCUGUCGAAUCGCUCGAGAUGCGCGCCGACCCAGAUGCCCAGGCAACCGUCACCGACUUUCUCGAUUUCACCGAAUACCUGCCCUCCGAUAUGAUGCGAUCACUGACCCUGAUCGGCAAACUCGACCAGACGUACGGAGAAGCAUCCCUCAACGUGCACAACCUUACCUCCACCUGGGGCAAGCUCCCCUCCAUCCCCGCCGAAGAGCGCCCGUCUGCUGUACAGUUACGCGCCGACAUCUCGGAUGGUCUCAAUCAUGCCGUCAGCUCGAGGGUUUACGCCCACGCCGAGGCGGUCCGCAUGUCGGAGAACGUGAACCGCCACUAUAAUCGCGCAAAGACGAUACUGGCGAAACUGAAGGAGAUGCUGGAGAAUUAUCCGGCCGAGGAACAGAAGAGCCCCGUGGCCACUUCCAAGUCUCCCCAGAUUGUCAGGGCGCCGAGGGUGAUGCGCAACGGGGACGGAGAAAGGAUGCGCCGGCCACGCAUACCCAGGAUCACUGUCCCUGGCGAAGUGCUGCCGCCCUACGAUCAGUUCUUGGCGUACUCGGACGACAGUGACGAGAGCUCGGAAGAGGAAGACGACGAGUCGCUUGGACGCACACCGGCCCGGUCGACGCCGGCCCCCCGAAUCAAAGUCGUCAAGACGCCCAAAGCUCGACCGCCCAAGACUCCGAAGGCUGCAUCGUCAGCGCGCGCCCCCAAAUCGACCGCGAAUCCUCCCGCGGCGGCUGUUCCUGCUGUUGUACUGCAGCCUCCGCCAGAGAACGCCGUCAUAGGAAGCCCCGAUGCUCCCUGGCUCCAGCUGACGCCGUGGGAGCUGGCGAGGUUGAGGAAACGCAUGAAGAAGAACGCAACUUGGAACCCCAGUGAUACGAUGAUUUUGCGAGAAUUGAAGACGCUCGGCCGUGGAAUAGACGCCUACAAGGAGGCCAAAAAGAAGGCCGAGGACGAGGGUAGAGUGUUUGAUCAAGUGCCCCCGGCGCUAGCCCCUGACGCCGAGACCGGCAAUAGACAGAUCCCCGAAGGCGCCAUCAGCGCCGCCGCUCUCGCAUCGGACGACAUCCAGCUAAGCAACAGGGGUAUGAAGCUGAACGAGGCCAAGAAGCUCAAGCGGGAGUCGUUGGCCAAGCAAGCCGCCGAAGAGGCAGAAGAAUCAGCCCGGCAGUUUAGGGAAGCUGCGAGGCUUCUGAUGUCCCAUGAAGCGCCGUCGUCGGCGUCGGUAUCAAACAACGGUGCGGACCAGCCGAAACCCGCAAAUAAGCCGAGUCACAAAGCUAAGCCCAAGGCGAACGGCAGCAAACGCAAGAGAGACUCAGUUCCGGAGGCUGAGGCCGAGAAGCCUGAGCCAGUCGAGACACCGUCGGCCCGACCCACUGCAAAGCGCACCAAAACGGAGACUCCGGUCCCGCUGCCUCACCUAAGAGCCAACCUCGGCUCACAGCCCUUGACCGAGACUCCCAUACCGCCUCCUGUCCUUACUCCGGGCGGCACUGCAGUUACGCCUAAGAUGACAACACCUGCACCAGUCUCGAUCGCCGGACAGGAUCCUGCAGUGAUGGGAGCUGCGAAGCCGGCAAAUACAACGGCGCCGGUGUCGUCUCCAACGAGUCCAGCCGGACCGCCUGCUUCCGUUACGGGCGCAGGACCGGCCAAUAUCGGAACGAAAUUGACAGCGGACAUGGUCGUGCACGCACCGGUAUUGUCGCCCAAGAAGUCAACCACGCCGAUUCUUCCCCCGGUACGCGAGCCUGUGUCCAGGAGAGAGACCAGGGCCGACAUGGCAAAGAAGACCCAACAGCAUGCGGAAACUCCGGCUCCGACGCCACAGUCGCAGGGACCGCAAACGCGAUCGUCUUCUGCGGCCCCUUCCAUCAAGCAGUCGAGCUCUCGUGCGGCGACGCCAGGCACAACACCGGUGCCGGAAGGCCAGCGACGUCCCAGCUCCAGAGGAAAAGCUACGAGUCAAGAGCCGCAGCCCUCGCUGGUCACUGAUCGACCACGUCGCGCUAGUACCGCGAGGAACACACCAGCGCCAGAGCAGAGACAGCCGAGCAAGAGGACUAGAAAGCCCGUGCCCGGUAUUGUCAGCAAGACGAACUCCGGGGGCAGCAGUGCUGUGGGCAAGCGUAAGGCGCCGCCCAAGAAGAAGCGCGCCCAGAAGAAGGAAAAGGGCCAGCCGGUCGAGAUCGAGCUGGAGGAGGACGACGAGGGCAACCCAAUCGACCCCAAUGAGCCGCGGUACUGUGACUGCAAUAGGGUCAGCUUUGCCGAGAUGAUUGCGUGCGACAAUGAAUACUGCGAUAAGGAGUGGUUCCAUCUAGAGUGCGUCGGCUUGACACAAGUCCCGGCGCGUACGACUAAAUGGUAUUGUCCCGACUGUCGCGUACGUUUAAAUAUUGGAGAGAAGGGCGAGAUCAAUGCUAGAGGGAUCAAGGCUUGAAGACGGCGGGCCUAGACACGGGAUACGAUAUUUACUACCAGGAGAGGACACACAGUUCGCAUGGCGUUCAGGAGGACAAUUGCUUGUGAUUGAAUGGCUUCUGGGAGGCUUAAUAUGCCUCGGGGGCUGAACAAUCACAGGAUCAAGCCAGUACUAUAAAACAUAGCCUUGUAUCAACAGACAACGCC